AUGGCCCUAAACUACUCUGUCCCGACCGCAUCGGAGCUCACAAAGCUAUACAUCAACGGCGAGUACGUCGACGCGAAAGCCGGCAAGACAUUUACUCUAUACAACCCAACCGACGACUCGGUAGUCUCCGAAAUGAUUCCCAUCGCAAAGGAAGAUGACGUGGACGCAGCUGUCGAUGCGGCCGAGAAAGCAUUCAAUGGACCCUGGAGCAAGUUCACCGGCAGUCAGCGAUCAGCCUGUCUGCGAAAACUCGCAGAUUUGCUCGAAGAGGACGACCGGCUGAUCAAGCUCUUGACGCUCGAUGCGCAGAGCACCGGCAACCCUGUUUCGAUUAUUCCGACGAGAGAGAAGACUUAUAUUCUCGGUCACUUGUUGUAUUAUGCUGGAUGGACGGACAAGCUGCGUGGUGACUACUACCCCGAUGAUGAUGGAUUUGUCAAGCUGGUUCGCCAGGAGCCUCUUGGGGUGUGCGCCGGUAUCAACCCAUUCAACGCUCCCAUCGCGACCCUUUUCAUGAAGGCCGCACCUUGCUUGGCGACUGGAAACGUAUUAAUCCUGAAGCCGUCGGAACAAAGCCCAUUGGGGUCUAUGGCAAUUGCUCCCCUCUUCGAGGCCGCAGGCUUUCCCAAAGGCGUGUUUCAGGUUCUGACGGGAGCUGGUGAUACUGGUGCAUUGCUAGCAAAGCAUAUGAAGAUUAGAAAGAUCAGCUUCACUGGAAGUAUUCCCACAGGGAAGAAGAUCCAAAUUGCAGCCGCCCAAAGCAAUCUGAAGAGGGUAACCCUUGAACUUGGCGGAAAGAGUCCAGCUUUAGUCUUCGAUGAUGCGGAUCUCGAUAAUGCACUUACAUGGACGGUAAACGCCAUCCUCGCCCGAUCCGGUCAAGUCUGCGUCGCAGCAUCCCGCGUCUAUGUCCAACGAUCCAUCGCAAAUGACUUUAUCUCGAAAUAUAAAGAGCGCAUGCUCGCAGCCGUCGAGAAACUAGGCGACCCCCUAGACAAGGCGACCAUGAUGGGUCCAUUAGUCAACAAAGCCGCAUUCGAGAGGGUAAGUAAGAUGAUCGAACGAGGCAAGGAUGAAGCAGAGCUUGUUGUCGGCGGUGUACGCCACGGUGACCAGGGCUGCUUCAUUGAGCCGACGGUAUUUUUGAAUCCCCAGAAAGGAGCCCAGAUAUACAGCGAUGAAAUUUUCGGUCCUGUGGCUGUUGUUAAGACGUUUGAUACGGAAGAGGAGGUCUUGCAGAUGGCUAAUGAUACCGAGUACGGGUUGAUGUCUGGAGUUUUUACAAAGGAUAUCAAUCGUGCUUUGCGGUUUUCUGCGAAGCUUGAUUCUGGGGUUGUGGGUGUUAAUUGUAUGAAUGUUCAAGUUCCGUUCGGAGGUAAGAAGCAGUCUGGACUGGGUAGGGAAUAUGGCGAAUACGCUUUGCGAGCAUUUACUGAGCCCAAGACUGUGCUUAUCAAGUAA